AUGUAUAAUCAGCAGUUCCGAUGGAGCGGCGCCUACGACGCGCAAACACAGCGGCUAGGCUGCGAGCGCGUGCUCAAAGAAGCAAAGAUGACACUGCGCUGGUUGCACGAAAACCGCGACCUGGCGUACGGACGGGCGGGCGAGCAGCGGUCCCCCGCCACACAGCAGUUGCUCAAUGAGCUCGAGUACCAGGGCUUCGCACCGGGUCCACUCGAGACGUGGUUCACGGGACCUGGCAAGAUAGAGACCUACCUGGUGCCUCAGAAACUUCCUCCACUCCCAAGCACCGACCCUCGCUGCACACUGCAUACCAUGCGGCCAAUUCCAGAAGACCAGGAGAAAUUAUUAUACACAGGGCCAACAAGAGAUGGCAGGCUGAAGUACCUGUCACUGCGGGAGAAGGUUUCACCCAUUGACCGGUACUACUACCCCGCCUCGGUGAACCAGCGCUACGGCUGGCUGGCACCAGCAAUGCGUCAGGCCCUGAACCGGCCAGAGUGUGCGAGGAGCGAGCAGCCACGGCGUGCUGCGCUGCGCAGGAAGGAUGUGCGGCCAGACCCACCUGGACUCCGGAGGCCACUCACUACUAAACCACCGGAACGUGCCGAACUCUAGUCCUAGUCUAGUGCUGUCCCAACCCUCAAUGCCACUUUUUCUCUACUAUAUACUGAAUAUUGUUUGCUCCUGUUAUACCAAAAUUUGUACCAACGCCACAUUCUUGUUCCUAGCUUUUGUUUAGUGGACUGAAUCCUUGCUUUCUGUUCCCUUUCAGGUUAAAAGGUC